AUGCCUGCAGACAAUAGUAUGCCUGAAAAUUUCUAUCAAGCCAAGAAGUCAGUGUCUAAACUUGGACUUGGGUAUCAACGAAUCGAUUGUUGUAUAGAUGGUUGUAUGAUAUACUAUAAGAACGACGCGAAUUUGAUGCAGUGCAAAUUUUGCGGGGCAAACCAUUAUAAACCUCGGAGAACUGGACGUGAAAAUUUGAAGGAUAUUCCGGUUAAACAUAUGUGGUACCUGCCACUAAUUCCCAGGCUUCAAAGGUUAUUUAGUUCAACAGUUACAGCAAAGGAGAUGAGGUGGCAUUAUGAGCAUCAAAGCGAGUCCGACCUCUUGUGUCAUCCAUCUGAUGGAGAAGCAUGUAAAUAUUUUGACAGAACAUUUGAAGAUUUCGCUUCAGACCCACGUAAUGUAAGAUUAGGCUUGUGUGCAGAUGGUUUCACUCUUUUUGGACAAUCUGGUAAGAACUACUCAUGUUGGCCUGUCAUUUUGACUCCUUAUAAUUUACCGCCUGGGAUGUGCAUGAAAAGAGAGUUUAUGUUUCUAACAAUAAUCAUUCCAGGUCCUCAUAAUCCAAAGAGCAGAAUCGAUGUUUAUCUUCAACCCCUGAUAGACGAGCUAAAUCAAUUGUGGUGCGAAGGUGUCAUAACAUACGAUGUGUUUAUGAAAGAAAAUUUUAUUAUGAGAGCUGCGUUGAUGUGGACUAUCAACGACUUUCCUGUCUAUGGUAUGCUGUCUGGAUGGAUGACACAGGGGAAGUUAGCAUGUCCCUAUUGCAUGGAGUGUUCGAAGGCGUUUACCUUGAAAAACGGUAGGAAAAAUUCAUGGUUUGAUUGUCACAGACAGUUUUUGCCUACAACACAUGCGUUUCGACGGAACAAGGAUGCAUUUUUCAAGAAUCGAUUGGAGAAAUCACAACCUCCUCCACGUUUGUCUGGAGAAGAAGUGUUGGCACGAGUUUGGAACUUUCCAAAGAUUAUUGAGACAGGUCCAUUAUCAUUCCCGGGAUACGGUCAAGAACAUAAUUGGACAAAAAGGAGCAUCUUUUGGGAUCUGCCAUAUUGGCGCAACAGUAUCAUACGACAUAACCUGGAUGUCAUGCAUAUUGAGAAGAAUGUGUUUGAUAAUAUUUACAAUACGUGUAUGGAUGUUAAGGGAAAAACAAAGGACAAUGUGAAGUCUCGGUUGGAUCUUUCACAUUAUUGUAAGCGCAGAGCUUUAGAGUUGGCGGAGUAUGAUAAUGGCAAAUCCUUUAAACCGAAAGCACAAUUUUGCCUCACUAUGGAGCAAAAAAUAGCUGUUUGUUCUUGGCGGCUACUUCCGAUUGCAUUGCGGGCAUUGCCCGAGCCCAUUUGGGCUACAAUUACUGAGCUCAGUCAUUUUUUUAAAGAUAUAUGUUCGACUACUUUGAGGGAGAAUCAAUUGAGCAUCAUGGAGGACAACAUUCCUGUGGUCCUUUGCAAAUUGGAGCGUAUAUUUCCUCCAUCAUUCUUUGACUCGAUGGAACAUCUCCUGAAGAAGGUUAAAAAUAAAGCUCGUGUGGAAGGAUCUAUUUGUGAAGCAUAUAUAGUCGAAGAAACGUCGUCGUUUGCUUCAUAUUAUUUUGAACCACAUGUGAGCUCUCGACGAACCAGAGUUCCUCGAAAUUAUGAUUGGGGUACAUUCGACAUGGAAAUCCCAAGAAUUUCAAUAUUCAAUCAACCUGGUCGUCUUGCUGGUGUUGCUGGUAAGCGCUAUCUCACUGACAGAGAAUACAAUGCUGCCACAUUGUACGUGUUUUUGAAUUGCGACAUUGUACAACCGUUUAUAAACAUGUACACAGAUUAUGUUAGAGCAUCAGCACCUACAUUGCAUGAUGAUGCUGUCGAUUAUCAGAUUGAGAUAGGUUUCGCACCAUGGUUCAGACAAUAUGUUCAUGAUCCAGUCAACGAGAUAACCGAUGAAACAGUUCGAAAUGUAGCAUUUGGACCGUUGAGGAAGGUUGAGCUAUGGCACACAUAUUAUGUCAAUGGAUAUAAAUUCGACACCGAUGCUUGGAGUGAAGGCAAGUCAACAAGCAACAGUGGUGUAUGCAUACGGGGGACCGAUUACGGACAAUCAGAAAGUGACUACUAUGGAUUACUAAAAGAAAUUGUACAAUUCGAAUUCCCAGGACUACCGAUAAAGACGAUUGUUCUUUUCAAUUGUGAGUGGUUCGACCCAACUCCUAAUCGAGGUACAAGAAUCAAUAAACAUUAUGGUAUUGUUGAGGUUAAACGUAGGGGAAGGUACAGAAAGUAUGAUCCAUAUAUAAUAGCACAACAAGCAGAGCAAGUCUAUUUUGCUCCUUAUCCAGAAGGGAUACGUGAUCGACAAGAUUGGUUGGCUGUGAUCAAGACAAAAGCGAGGAACACAAUUACUGCACAAUCAACAAAGGUAGAUGAUGCCUUCCAAGAGAAUGAAGUUGAUGUUGAGCCAGUUAGAGUAGAUACUGAUCACCAACUCGAUUCUCUAGUUGACAAUGAUUUUGAACCCGAGGAAGUAGUUGUACAAAACUCCAUAAGACAACCAAUGGUCGAAGAAGAUACUGAGGAUGACGAUGAAGAAGAAUUUGAAUCUUAUGAUUCGGAUACUGAGGGAGAUCUUGAAGACUACGAUUAA